AUGAACAAGAUGAAAAACUUCAAGCGGCGGUUUUCCCUCUCCGUUCCCCGGACGGAGACCAUCGAGGAGUCGCUGGCCGAGUUCACGGAGCAGUUCAACCAGCUCAACAACAGGAAGAAUGAAGACCUGGCACAAGGGCACCUGCAGCUGGGCCACCUGGGCAGGGGUUUCCAGGCAGAGCCAACCUCCAUUUCCCCCUCGGAGGUGGAAGGCCAGUCCCCGACAACUGUGCGCUACCGAAGGAACAACCAGCGCCGCUUCUCCAUGGAGGAUGUCAGCAAGCGGCUCUCCCUGCCCAUGGACAUCCGUCUGCCCCCGGAGUUCCUGCAGAAGCUGCAGAUGGACAAUCCAGAGUUCCCCAAGACCUUCAGCAGGAUGUCUCGACGGGCUUCCCUCUCGGACAUCGGAUUUGGGAAGCUGGAAACCUAUGUGAAAUUGGAAAAACUGGGGGAGGGCACCUACGCCACUGUCUUCAAGGGGCGCAGCAAGCUAACUGGGAACCUGGUCGCUCUGAAGGAGAUCCGUCUGGAGCAUGAAGAAGGGGCACCCUGCACAGCUAUAAGGGAGGUUUCCCUGCUGAAGAACCUGAAACAUGCAAACAUUGUGACCCUCCAUGAUUUCAUCCACACUGAGCGCUCCCUCACCCUUGUCUUUGAGUACCUGGAAAAUGACCUAAAGCAAUAUCUGGAUAACUGCGGGAACCUGAUGAACGUGCACAACGUGAAGAUCUUCCUCUUCCAGCUGCUCCGCGGCCUGUCCUACUGCCACAAGAGCAAGAUCCUGCAUCGAGACCUCAAACCGCAGAACCUGCUCAUCAACGAAAGGGGGGAGCUAAAGCUGGCUGACUUCGGUCUAGCCAGAGCCAAAUCAAUCCCUACGAAAACAUAUUCCAACGAGGUGGUCACGCUGUGGUAUCGGCCACCAGAUGUCCUGCUGGGAUCUACUGAGUACUCCACGCCCAUCGAUAUGUGGGGUGUGGGCUGCAUACACUAUGAAAUGGUCACUGGACGGCCCAUGUUCCCAGGCUCGACUGUGAAAGAAGAGCUCCAUUUAAUCUUCAGGCUUCUUGGCACCCCUACAGAAGACUCCUGGCCCGGAAUCACAUCCAACGAGGAGUUUAAGGGUUAUCAUUUCACCCAGUACCAAGCCCAGCCCUUGAUAAAUCAUGCACCCAGGCUGGACACAGAAGGGAUCGACUUGCUGACGAGCCUCCUCCUGUAUGAAGCCAAAUGCCGGAUCUCCGCCGAAGAGGCCCUGCGACACCCUUACUUCAAGGUGCUGGGGGACCGAGUCCAGCUCCUCCCUGACAAUGCCUCCAUCUUCUCUCUGAAGGAAAUACAGCUUCAAAAGGACCCUGGCUACCGAGGUUCAGCCUUUCAGCAGUCAGCCCGAGGGAAAAGCAGGAGGCAGAGUAUAUUUUAA